AAAACCUUAACAGCAGCAAAAUGUACUUCGGUGAUGCGCUUUGAAUAUCACAAAAAUAAUAAAAACUUGCUUAUCAAAUUCACCAAGUCAUCUGUGCAACACAUCAUCAGCGGCUGGUUUUGUCAUAUUUAUUGAACACAGCAAGGCGUACUGCAAUCGAAACAACGGAGACGAACGUAUAGGAGCAGUGAAAAAAUGCAGUUUAGCUGAAUUCCGUCUUGAACCAUCUGCUGGAAAGUUUUCAUUAAAUUAGCUUAUACGGCAAUGCGCUUUGGGGUCGUGCCCUACUCGGUCUGUUUUGCGGCUCUUUUUCUUGACAGUCCUUUAUUCCAGAAUAUAAAGGACCAUGUCAACGCUCGUCUAGGCUCUAUGUAAACAACUAGGGUUUUGGAACGUAACUAAAACCAGUUCUAGCGAACUUAUCAACCGCAGCCAAGUGCCAUUAUACACAUCUCCCAGAGUAUAAAAAUCAAUUCAACCACAGACCGAUAUACCAUAUCACUUAGACCAAUAACAAACAUUAUUUUCGCUAACUAUGACCAACAUCAAAUAUGAACGCGUCAAGCAAACGGUCGACCAUGAGCCCCAGAACGAGGAAAUCGAACUGGAAAGUGAGACUCAAAUGAGGAACCAUACCACAUCGAAGGGACAUCCGUACGUGGUAACAAGCCGUAGUGCGGCCACCGGAACAAUGGGCACAACGAAGAAGAAGAGCUUUGCCUACACCAUCAUCGUUACAUUGUUCCUCAUCAUGUGCUACUUUACGCUCUCUAUCGGACUAACGUUCUACCAGCGGCUUUUGCUGCAGGAGUUCAAAUUUCCGCUGAGUGUUGUAGUUUACCAUCUUUGCUUCAAACUAGUCAUGUCCGCAGUGAUUCGUUCGAUAUACCGAAGUAUCACUAAGAAAUCCCGUAUCAUGCUGGAUUGGAGAACGUCGGUUCGAAAAAUUUUACCCACCGGACUGGCCAGUGGUAUUGACAUCGGGUUCUCCAACUGGGGCCUAGAGCUAGUGCAAAUAUCUCUAUAUACAAUGACCAAGUCAACUACGAUUGUUUUUAUCCUGAUAUUUGCCAUUCUAUUAAAGCUAGAAAAAAAGAGUUGGUCUUUGGGAGCCAUCGUGGUGAUGAUUUCUGGCGGAUUAUUUCUGUUUACGUACAAAUCGACACAUUUUGACGCACUUGGGUUUUCCUUUCUACUGUUUGCCUCGCUGUCUAGUGGAAUUCGCUGGACGUUUGCCCAGUUGAUCAUGCAGAAGUCUAAGCUAGGCUUGCACAACCCCAUCGAUAUGAUCUUUCAUAUGCAACCGUGGAUGAUCCUUGCAAUACUACCAUUCACCAUAGGUUUUGAGGGACAGCGCAUUGCUGAUGGAUUCGACACACUUCUACAAACUGAUACUGUCGUUAUAUUGACAAUGUGGCGUCGAAUCACUGAGGGCGCAUUGAUUGCAUUUGUUAUGGAAGUUAGCGAAUUCAUGGUUUUGACAAACACUUCCAGUUUGACGCUGUCGGUAGCUGGAAUAUUUAAGGAAAUCUGCCAGCUGGUUUUGGCAGUGGAACUGUACGGUGAUCAGCUUAGCUUGGUAAACGUACUCGGGCUUAUUUUGUGUCUCGGAGGCAUCUGCUGUCACGUGGUGCACAAAUUUUGGACUUAUACGGAGGAUCAGCAAACUGUUGAUGGAUCCACAAAUUAUGACGAUGAGGAGGAUGACAGUGGUUUAGUUACUAAAAAUGGGCUAGCUCCCAAAUACAAUCCCAGUUUCGACACGACAAGUGCUCGCUUUAAGGCAGGUGCUCAGCAUAGGCCACUAUUGGAAAAUGAAAGUCAUGGCGCUGAAGGCUCAGACCAUUUGGUAAUAAACAACAGGAACUACAUCUCGGACGAUAGUGAUCACGGUGAUAAUGAAGCUCAGGACGUGUUGUUCGAUAUAUUAAAACGGCGCGAGCAAUAGCCGUUCCAUUUUGCCACGGGAUGCUCGGAAUUUCGUUAUUGUUAAUCAGUUACGUAGUACGCUUAUCGACAUCACUCCAAAACGCUACAUUAGCCAGUGAUAAUCUGCAUUUACAGGAUGCGAACUGAAUGUGCUAAUUCCAUCUUUCGUUACAGGGUAUACAUUUUAACAGUAAAAAAACAUUUCCAUUUUUGCCUGUAUUUUUUGUCAGGCAUGUAGCAAACCGUACUAAUCUACUUGAUCUACUUUCUCGAUGUUAUAUAUCAAAACAAAUAUCAUCGCAUUCAGCAAGGCAUUUUUAUUGAUACCAAUACGUACCUAUAAUAAAAACGUUGAACAGCAUUCAACAAUCUUACCCAGCAGUAUCGUUAAUUUUGCAUCAGCAACUGACUUAUUUUAGAUGAAAUAGGUUAAAAAGCAUAGCAUAACCUGAUUAAUGUAAAAUCGUGAUAAUUAUACUAAAUAAUUUCGAGCAUCAUAGCACCUCGCCAUUCGGUUGUUUACCGGUACUGUUUCUUACAACAAACUUUCUUAGGACAUUGCUGGGACUGCCAUACAAGAUGGUCUAGUUUUGCUAUUGAGAACCCGUUCCGUUCAUACUGUAGAGCAUCACUAGAAUUUUUGAUCAUGUACGGAUUAUGUUGUAACUGUAAUAAAAUACUGGAAUAAACUAUGCUAUACAGUGACU